CGCGCAUCAUGCGUUGGACCAGAUGUACGUGGUCCAUGAAAAGAUCCCAAUGCUGGAUUGAGGCGUCGUCGACGCCGUCAACGAGGACGUGCAAAAUGCCAGCGCUCUGAAGCCAAGGUAUAUAUCUGGGAAGUCCAGUCGUCGGCUUUGGAUAACAUGCACUCGUUUCUUGCACCUCCGCUCGUUACCAAUUCGACAUCCCUUGUUUAGCUUGUCCUAUACGAUUUGCACUGUCGCUCUCUAUUUGUACCGCAAUGAACUACGUGACGCUGUGGCUAACGCUGGUGUCGGCCGCUACUUCUGCUGCGGCUGCAAAGGCUAAACGUGCUGACACCAGCUUCGGACUCUACGCCUACGGGUCCAGCAGUGGCGGGCUGUCUCUCCAGUAUUCCAACGGCUCGAUUUAUAUCAUUUCAGGUGACCAGGCAACGUCGGGCUACGGCGUCGUUAAUUUUUCAACGAACUCGACAAGUCCGAGAGAUACGGGCACACUCUCAAUCGCCGCAGUCUCUGGUUCGAAUGACACUUCAGCUGUGGGCGAGCUCGUAGCCAUCACCCAAGGAAUCAACGCAGCAGUGGAGGUAGUCAAUAACGCGUCUUCCUCCCAGGUCGACGACGAAUGGUCCUUCUUUGGGAGUAUUCUAACCUACGGGGGGACCACUUCAAACUUCUAUGCCGUCCCCAUUGAUGACGCCGCAAGUGUCUUUCAGAUCUACUGGAUGGCCGAUACGUCCUCGGCAACCAAUGGAUCCAAGCCAGUGACGAUCAAGAAGACGCCUCCACCUGCGCUUGCUAGCCCUGGAAGCUCCUGAUGAUGUUCAAGACCCACUUGCUAGACGGGUUAUGUCUCUUGUAACUUCUAUCAUUCUUCUCGGCUUCCAUAUUUCAACCUCAUCAAGCUGCGUGGUUUGCCUAGCUAAAUCUUAGAAUUUUUCAGGGGACAUUCAACUUCUUCCCAUUACUCGAGUUCACUGGGACUGUCCUGUUUACUUUUAACGCAACAUAGUUCAUUGAAAACGUCUGAUCUCUCGUGGUACUGUCAAUAUGU